AUGAGGACAGAGGAGAGGACAGAGGAGAGGACAGAGGAGAGAACAGAGGAGAGGACAGAGGAGAGGACAGAGGCGAGAACAGAGGAGAGGACAGAGGCGAGGACAGAGGGAGAGAAACAGAGGAGAGACAGAGGGGAGAACAAGGAGAGGACAGAGGAGAGACAGAGGAGAGGACAAGGCGAGAACAGAGGAGAGGACAGAGUGGGAGAACAGAGGAGAGUGACAGAGUGAGAGGACAGAAGAGAGGACAGAGGGGAGAACAGAGGAGAGGACAGAGGAGAGGACAGAGGAGAGGACAGAGGAGAGGACAGAGGAGAGGACAGAGGGGAGAACAGAGGAGAGAACAGAGGGGAGAACAGAGGAGAGAACAGAGGAGAGGACAGAGGAGAGGACAGAGGGGAGAACAGAGGAGAGGACAGAGGAGAGGACAGAGGGGAGAACAGAGGAGAGGACAGAGGAGAGGACAGAGGGGAGAACAGAGGAGAGGACAGAGGCGAGAACAGAGGAGAGAUAGGCUACGAGGAAAGAUGCCAGCUAAAGAGGACAGAAACACACAAUAACCGAGGUGGAAAAUCAGAUUAAAUGGUGGGUGAAAUGGGACCAGAUGGUUCUAUUGAGUAGAAUAUCUGUGUCUUGUCUUCUAUUGAGUAGAAUCUCCUAUGUGGAAGACUGGGAGCUAAGUACCUGACCAUGUACCUGAAGUUAUGUUCAUAAUGGUUGUAUCUGGAGCUUUGUAACUACCUUCGCUCUGUGUAUUGUUAUCUCAAAUCAAAUCAAAUUUUGCGCCAAAUACAACAGGUGUAGACCUUAACGUGAAAUGCUACCUUACAAGCCCUUAACCAACAAUGCAGUUUUAAGAAAAUAAGAGUUAAGAAAAUAUUUACUAAAUAAACUAAAGUAAAAAACAGUAACACAAUAAAAUAACAAUAAUGAGGCUAUACAGGGGGUACCGGUACCGAGUCAAUGUGCGGGGGUACAGGUUAGUCGAGGUAGUUGAGGUAAUAUGUACAUGUAGAUAGGGGUAAAUUGACUAUGCAUAGAUAAUAAACAACGAGUAGCAGCAGAUUGGGGGGGUGCGGUUCAAUGCAAAUAGUCCGGGUAGCUUAUUGAUUAAUUGUUCAGCAGUCUUAUGGCUGCUAAGGAGCUUUUUAGACCUAGACUUGGCGCACCGGUACCGCUUACUGUGCAGUAGCAGAGAGAACAUUCUAUGACUUGGGUGGCUGAAGUGUUUGACACUUUUUUUGGCCUUCCUCUGACACCGCCUAGUAUAGAGGUCCUGAAAAGCAGGAAGCUUGGCCCCAGUGAUGUACUGGGCCGUACGCAUUACCCUCUGUAUCACCUUACGGUCGGAUGCCGAGCAGUUGCCAUACCAGGCGGUGAUGCAACCGGUCAGGAUGCUCUCGAUGGUGCAGCUGUAGAGCUUUUUGAGGAUCUGGGGACCCAUGCCAAAUCUUUUCAGUGGGGGGAAUAGGCUUUGUCGUGCCCUCUUCACGACUGUCUUAGUGUGUUUGGACCAUGACAGUUUGUUGGUGAUGUGGACACCAAGGAACUUGAAACUCUCGACCUGCUCCACUACAGCCCGUAGAUGUGAAUGGGGGCGUGCUUGGCCCUCCUUUUUCUGUAGUCCACAAUCAGCUCAUUUGUCUUGCUCACGUUGAGGGAGAGGUUGUUGUCCUGGCACCACACUGCCAGGUCUCUGACCUCCUCCCUAAAGGCUGUCUCAUCGUUGUCGAUGAUCAGGCCUACCACCAUUGUGUCUUUAGCAAAUGUAAUGAUAGUGUUGAAGUCAUGCUUGGCCACGCAGUCUUGGGUGAACAGGGAGUACAGGAGGGGACUAAGCACGCACCCCUGAGGGGCCCCCGUGUUGAGGAUCAGCGUGGCAGAUGUGUUUUUGCCUACCCUUACCACCUGAGGGCAGCCCAUCAGGAAGUCCAAGAUCCAGUUGCAGAGGGAGGUGUUUAGUCCCAGGGUCCUUAGCUUAGUGAUGAGCUUUGUGGGCACUAUAGUGUUGAAUGAUGAGCUGUAGUCAAUGAAUAGCAUUCUGAUAUAGGUGUUUCUUUUGUCCAGGUGGGAAAGGGCAGUGUGGAGUGCAAUUGAGAUUGCGUCUUCUGUGGAUCUGUGGGGCGGUAUGUGAAUUGGAGUGGGUCUAGGGUUUCCAGGAUGACGGUGUUGAUGUGAGCCAUGACCAGCCUUUCAAAGCACUUCAUGGCUACAGACUUGAGUGCUACGGGGCGGUAGUCAUUUAGGCAGGUUACCUUGGCAUUCUUGGGCACAGAAACUAUCGUGGUGUGCUUGAAGCAUGUAGGUAUUAUAGACUCGGUCAUGGAGAGGUUGAAAAUGUCAGUGAAGACACUUUCCAGUUGGUCCGCGCAUGCUCUGACUACACGUCCUGGUAAUCCGUCUGGCCCCGCGGCCUUGUGAAUGUUGACCUGUUUAAAGAUCUUACUCGCAUCGGCUACGGAGAGUGUAAUCACACAGUCGUCUGGAACAGCUGGUGCUCUCAUGCAUGCUUCCGUGUUGCUUGCCUCGAAGCGAGCAUAAAAGGCAUUUAGCCCGUCUGGUAGGCUCGGGUCACUGGACAUCUCGAGGUUGGGCUUCCCUUUGUAGUCCGUAAUAGUUUGCAAGCCAUGCCGCAUCAGAUGAGCGCCAGAGCCGGUGUAGUAGGAUUCAAUCUUAGUCCUGUAUUGAUGCUUUGCCUGUUUGAUGGUUCGUCUGAGGGCAUAGCAGGAUUUCUUAUAAGCUUCCGGAUUAGUGUCCCGCUCCUUGAAAGCGGCAGUUCUAGCCUUUAGCUCGGUGCGGAUGUUGCCUGUAAUCCAUGGCUUCUGGUUGGGAUAUGUACGUAAGGUCACUGUGGGGACGAUGUCAUCGACGCAAUUAUUGAUGAAACCGGUGACUGGGGUGGUAUACUCCUCCAUGCCAUCGGAAGAAUCACGGAACAUAUUCCAGUCUGUGCUAGCAAAACAGUCCUGUAGCUUAGCAUCCGAGUCAUCUGACCAGUGGGAGAGAAAGAGAGAAAGAGAGACAGCGAAACCGAGAGAGAGAGAGAGUACACUACAGACAGUAGAUGAGUGAGGGUAAGAGUGUGUUCAGUUGUUCUUAGUUACAGGGUAAAACAACAAAAGGUCCCAGAGACUCCACUAUUAAUUGCAGUGAUGAAGCUGAUAAUUGGGAUAUAUUUUAUGCAUCAAUGUCCAUUGGGUCCUGAGUUGACUGGUAUUGAUUAAAAGCGACGGCGUCACAAGCAGAAAGAUCAAAGUUUGUUUGUGAUGCUCACAGUUUGCCUGGUAAUUAACAACACACAGAUGCACAAAGAGUUGAGCAGAAUUAUUCUUAGAUGUGUUAUUUUUUCCUUCACUGACCUUACGUUAGUGAACCACUGCUAAUUGGGUCUCCCAGCCUGGACAUCGGACCAUUCAUUCUCCCUACGUCCCUUCACUGACCCCCUUAGAGAGCUAGGGAGCUGUUCCUCUUGAAAUAUUGGUCAGGUUCUAGGCCGACUACAUUGCAGAUGUUGCAUUGAAAAAUGGUUGUGUGUCCCAUCAUUGACUGUGCAGUUGGACAUCAGAUUGCUAUAUCAAAUGAUGUGGUUAGCGGAUAGGUUAAACACGUAUCCAGGUGACAUGUGUCAGCCUGGAACGUGGCCAUGGUGACCUGUACACAUUAAUAUCAGAUCAAACGCUGACAGACCAGUUUCAUGGUUAUCAGUCUCCAGUCAAUCAAAUCCAAUGACCAUUAAAAAAUAAGAUCCACAAAUCUCUACAGUACGCUUGAGUGAGCCUGGGGUGAGUCAGACACUAUCUAUAGGCUGAGGUUAUUCCUCUGUACUGUUUACUCAGAGAGAGAGAGAGAGAGAGAGAGAGAGAGAGAGAGAGAGAGAGAGAGAGAGAGAGAGAGAGAGAGAGAGAGAGUGAGAGAAAGAGAGAGAGAGAGUGGACCCUACCCUACCCUGGGGAAAGUGUCUGUCUGCGGCUCAAGCUAGCCUGUUAUAUAUGACGCCGUAGUGUGGAGAAUCAAUCCAGUGCAAUUGACCAGGGGUUUCAUUCUGGCACAGCUCUGUGCUUCAGUUGCCUGUUGUGUGACUGAUUGAGCCCCAACCCUUUGGAUAAGCUGCUCUGCAAUAUUCAGGCCAUUUAAUUUCCUCCUUCUCCCCUCCCUGCCCACACACCCUGUACUUCCCUAAACCUCAGACAUUGGCUACAUUGUGGGCCUGUCCCCAAAGGCACCCUAUACCCUAUAUAGUACCACUAUGGGCCCUGGUCAAAAGUAGUGCACUACAUAGUGAAUAGGGUGCCAUUUGGAACGUAAGACUGUACAGUGACGCAGUGGAAAAUGUUUCAGUGGCAUGGCUGGAAUGCAAUUACCUAGGACUCUAAAAUCAUAUUUCCUUCCCUGUUCUCUCUCACCUUCCUGUUUUCUCUUUCUCUCAUCUUCCUGUUCUCCCUCUCUCUCUCCCCUCUCCCCUUUUUCUUCUCUCUCCCCACUCUGUUCUCUCUCUCUCUCCCCUCUCCUCUUCCUGUUCCCUCUCUCUCUCACCUCUUCCCUGGUCAUGGCUAGAGGGAUCCAGCAUUUGUCAAAUUAAUUUACAUUUUAGUCAUUUAGCAGAAGCUCUUAUCCAGAGCGACUUACAGUUAGUGAAUACAUAUUUUUUUAUACUGGCCCACCGUGGGAAUCGAACCCACAACCCUGGCGUUGCAAACGCCAUGCUCUAUCAACUGAGCUACAUCCCUGCCGGCCAUUCCCUCCCCUACCCUGGGCCAAUUGUGCGCCGCCCAUGAGUCUCCCGGUCGCGGCCGGCUGCGACAGAGCCUGGAUUCGAACCAGGAUCUCUAGUGGCACAGUUAGCACUGCGAUGCAGUGCCUUAGACCACUGCGCCACUCAGGAGCCCCAAAUUUGUAGCAAGAACUUACACAGCAGGUUAGGAUAAUUAACGUAGCAGUUUCGCAUAACUAGGUUAAGGUUAGGAAAAGGGCUAGGAUUAGCUAAAAUGCAAAAAUGAUAAUUUGACAAAAGCUGGAUCCCUUCUAGCCAUGACCCUCACCCCUCCCAGUUUUCUCUCUCUUGUUGAUCCUUGUUAUUGAAUCACACUCUUUCCAUUCAUUAGACUUCCUGUGGGGAAGAGAAACACACAUAGACUAAGGUUUCUCAGUUUUUUAUUGUUAUUUUGGUUUAUACCUACUGCUGAACACCAGUCUGAAGAGAGACCCUUUAUUUGAAGAAGGGAUACAGUAGAUUUAGGAAUCCACUAAAUAUAGCCUAUAGAAAAGGGGUAAUGCUACUCCAUAAGUUGUGGUAUAGCUUUAUACUGGUUAAAGUCCAUGACACUAUAGAUUAUUUGUAUACCUUGGUUGGCUACAACACUGGAUAAUUUGCCAGUGGAAUAAGUGUUUUUUGUUUCAUCUUGUGUGGGACUGCAGACCUUAUCAGGGCCAUCUGAGUGGUGUUUGGGUGUCUAGAUGGUGGAUAGUACAUUAGUUUAUUCUCUUUGUAGUGUUAGAUUAUCACAAAGGUGAAUGUUGUUGUUUGUUGUGUGACAUCAGAUUACCUGUGAAGCCUGUGGUUGCAGGAUCUGCGUGUGUGUGCACGCAUGUCUGUGUUACAGUAAUGCUGUGUUUAGACGAGGGAUACAAAAAACGUCAUACCAGUUGGCGUAGCGGGACGAGAAAGCAAGAAAGAGGGAGAUGGUAAAAGCAAGCCAGCACGACUGUAUGCAUUGCUAUGGUGAUUUCAGUAAACAAACAGUGCAAAUCAGGAUCCGGUAGAAAACAACGCUACGGCAGGCGGCAAGUCCCGUCUACCGUGGCAGCUGACAGCAUUUACCUCCAGCCUCAACAGCAUUUACCUCCAGCCUCAACAGCAUUUAACUCCAGCCUCAACAGCAUUUACCUCCAGCCUCAAUAGCAUUUACCUCCAGCCUCAAUAGCAUUUACCUCCAGCCUCAAUAGCAUUUACCUCCAGCCUCAACAGCAUUUAACUCCAGCCUCAACAGCAUUUACCUCCAGCCUCAAUAGCAUUUACCUCCAGCCUCAAUAGCAUUUACCUCCAGCCUCAAUAGCAUUUACCUCCAGCCUCAAUAGCAUUUACCUCCAGCCUCAAUAGCAUUUACCGUCAUGCUCUCAUUGAAAACAAUGACAUCCGGUUUGCCUUCUACCUCACACCAUUUAAACGCAGCAUAACCCUGUACCUCUCUGCACCACCUCUGCAGUAUUGAGGACAGCAGCUGCAGACAGACGCUUUGGCACACCUAUAACUAAUGGAAGAUAUACAGUGCAAUCGGAAAUUAUUCAGACCCCUUGACUUUUUCCACAUUUUGUUACAUUACAGCCUUAUUCUAAAUUGGAUUAAAUCGUUUUUCCCCCUCAACAAUCUACACACAAUACCCCAUAAUGACAAAGCAAAAACCAGUAUUUAGACAUUUUAGCAAAACGUUUUGCUACAUUUACAUAAGUAUUCAGACCCUUUACUCAGUACUUUUUUGAAGCACCUUUGGCAGCGAUUAUAGCCUUGAGUCUUCUUGGGUAUGACGCUACAAGCUUGGCACACCUGUAUUUGGUGAGUUUCUCCCAUUCUUCUCUGCAGUUCCUCUCAAGCUCUGUCAGGUUGGAUGGGGAGUGUUGCUGCACAGCUAUUUUCAGGUCUCUCCAGAGAUGUUUGAUUUGGUUCAAGUCCGGGCUCUGUCUGGGCCACUCAAGGACAUUCAGAGACUUGUCCUGAAGCCACUCCUGCUUGUCUUGGCUGUUUGCUUAGGGUCGUUGUCCUGUUGGAAGGUGAGGCUUAACCACAGGUCCUGAGUGCUCUGGCGCAGGUUUUCAUCAAGGAUCUCUCUGUACUUUGCUCCGUUCAUAUUUCCUCGAUCCUGACUCGUCUCCCAGUCCCUGCCGCUGAAAAACAUCCCCAUAGCAUGAUGCUGCUACCACCAUGCUUCACCUUAGGGAUGGUGCCAGGUUUCCUCCAGACGUGACGCUUGGCAUUCAGGCCAAAGAGUUCAAUCUUGUUUUCAUCAGACCAGAAAAUCUUGUUUCUCAUGGUCUGAGAGUCUUUAGGUGCCUUUUGGAAACUCCAAGCGUGCUGCCAUGUGCCUUUUACUGAGGAGUGGCUUCCGUCUGGCCACUCUACCAUAAAGGCCUGAUUGGUGGAGUGCUGUAGAGAUGGUUGUCCUUCUGGAAGAUUCUCACAUCUCCACAGAGGAACUCUGGAGCUCUGUCAGAGUGACCAUCGGGUUCUUGGUCACCUCCCUGACCAAGGUCCUUCUCCCCCGAUUGCUCAGUUUGGCUGGGUGGCUAGCUCUAGGAAGAGUCUUGGUGGUUCCAAACUCAGAACACCAGUCUGAAGAGAGACCCUUUAUUUGAAGAAGGCAUACAGUAGAUUUAGGGGUAAUAGCCUGUAGAAAAGGGGUAAUGCUACUCUGCGCUCUCUCUCUCUCUCUCUCUCUCUCUCUCUCUCUCUCUCUCUCCUCUCCUCUCUCUCUCUCUCAUCUCUCUCUCUCUCUCUCUCUCUCUCCCUUCUCCUCUCGCUCCUCCUCCUCCUCUCUCUCCUCAUCUCCCUCUUCUCCUCUCCCUCUCUCUCUCUCUUCCUAUCGCCCUCCCCCUCCCUCCCUCCCUCCCUCCCUCCCUCCCUCCCUCCCUCUCUCUCUCCCUCUCCUAUCGCCCUCCCUCCCUCCCCUCCCUCCUCCCUCCCUCCCUCCUCCCUCCCUCCCUCCCCUCCCGCCCUCCCUCCCUCCCUCCUCCCUCCCUCUCCUCCCUACAGUUGGUGUAUAUUUAUACUCUUCCAUAUAGAAUGAUGGAGGCCACUGUGUUCUUGGGGACCUUCAAUUCUGCAUACAUUUUUUGAUACCCUUCCCCAGAUCUGUGCCUCGACAUAAUCCUGUCUCGGAGCUCUACGGACAAUUCCUUCGACCUCAUUGCUUGGGUUUUACUCUGACAUGCACUGUCAGCUGUGAGACCUUAUAUAGACAGGUGUGUGCCUUUCCAAAUCAUCUCCAAUCAAUUGAAUUUACCAGAAGUGGACUCCAAUCAAGUUGUAGAAACAUCUCAAGGACGAUCAAUGGAAACAGGAUGGACCUGAGCUCAAUUUUGAGUCUCAUAGCAAAAGGUCUGAAUACUUAUGUAAAUACGGUUUCUUUUAAAUAUAUAUAUAUUUUUUUACAGUUUUUUCUUUGUCAAUAUGGGGCAUUGUGUUGAGAUUGAUGAGGAACUAAAUAACGUAAUCCAUUUUAGAAUAAGGCUGUAAUGUCACAAAGUGUGGAAAAAGCAAAGGAGUCUGAAUACUUUCUGAAUGCACUGUACCUCCACUAUGAGGGAAACCCCCCCAAAUAGGCACUUUCAAACUCACUAAUUCGGAAGGGAAGCUGUUUAAUAUUCAAAUCAAAGGUUUGUGUUUGUCUUUUCAGGACAGGGAAAUCAACACAACCUGGAGGAAUUCUAACAAGAGACAAGUGCCCUCUGGAUAAAGAUUUCCUGCAGUGUGUGUGUGUGUCCAUGCGUGUGUGUGUGUGUGUGUGUGUGUGUGUGUGUGUGUGUGUGUGUGUGUGUGCGUGGGGUGUAGCUAAGUCAGAGAGAGUAGUGGUGUUUUAAUGCUCAGAAGCUUUGUUGAGUGGUGUCAGUUUGUGCAUUGUGAGAGAAGCAUGUCAAAGAGCUGUUUGUCUCUCAUGACCUUCACAGAUACACACGAGACGACUAGGGCAGAGCAGGGUGACGAGAGGAGAUCCCACACACACACCUGCAUUGUCACCAGUCACUUAUCCAUCAUCCCUCUCUACGGUGACUCAGCACUAUGAUUGGACAGAUGGCCAUACGCACCUGCACUGUUUGUGUGUGGGUGUGUGUGCGGGUUUGGGUGCGACAGAGACUGAGCGAAAGAGCGAGAGAAGAGAGAGAGAGAGAGAGAGGAGAGAGAGAGAGAGAGAGAGAGAGAGAGAGUGAGAGACCUACCCAGAUAACUGUAUUUUCUAGUGUUGGGUCACAGAUUGACACCAUGCUGUAGUGUCUUAGAGGCAGUCUGUGUACUCUCACUGGUGUCUCCCACACACACCACCUCCAGCCAUUAACAUUAACCCCACUUCACCACAACCCUACCCUCUCAUCUCCAUACCACCCUUUUAAUGACGUGUAUGUUAACAGAAACAUAAUUUUGUCUAUAGAAAGUGUUUACGUUAUGUUUAAUACAGUGCAUUAUGUGCAUCAUACUUCAGUGUGCCCAACAAUGCAGGCUACACUUCAGCUGUAGAUUGGGGCACAACUGAGGUUUAAAUCAGGACACGACAGCUCUAGUUGGACAGCGGGUUGGACCAGGUGACCAGGGUAGAUGGAGAGAACUGGGCUGCGUCCCAAAUGGCACUGUAUUCCCUACGUAAUGCACUACUUUGACCAGGGCCUGUGGGGACGCAUUUGGACGUAGCCCAUGUCCCUUUAGGUGAUCAGUGAUUGCCACUCCCAGAGAGUGAGGCUUGCUUGGCCUAUAUGGGCCCAGCAGAGAAGACUGUAGCAAAGGGUCUGCAUCUCAAAUUAUUUAUCUUCUCUAGGAUUUCUCUUCUUUCACUCUCUCUCUCUCUCUCUCUCUCUCUCUCUCUCUCUCUCUCUCUCUCUCUCUCUCCUCUCCUCUCUCCUCUCUCUCUCUCUCUCUCUCCCUCCCUCCCUCCCUCCCUCCCUCCCCUCCCUCCCUCCCUCCCUCCCUCCCCCUCCCUCCCUCCCUCCCUCCCUCCCUCCCUCCCUCCCUCCCUCUCCUCCCUACAGUGGGUGUAUAUUUAUACUCUUCCAUAUAGAAUGAUGGAGGCCACUGUGUUCUUGGGGACCUUCAAUUCUGCAGACAUUUUUUGAUACCCUUCCCCAGAUCUGUGCCUCGACAUAAUCCUGUCUCGGAGCUCUACGGACAAUUCCUUCGACUUCAUGGCUUGGGUUUUACUCUGACAUGCACUGUCAGCUGUGAGACCUUAUAUAGACAGGUCUGUGCCUUUCCAAAUCAUCUCCAAUCAAUAGAAUUUACCAGAAGUGGACUCCAAUCAAGUUGUAGAAACAUCUCAAGGACGAUCAAUGGAAACAGGAUGGACCUGAGCUCAAUUUUGAGUCUCAUAGCAAAAGGUCUGAAAACUUAUGUAAAUACGGUUUCUUUUAAAUAUAUAUAUUAUUUUUUACAGUUUUUUCUUUGUCAAUAUGGGGCAUUGUGUUGAGAUUGAUGAGGAAAUAAAUAACGUAAUCCAUUUUAGAAUAAGGCUGUAAUGUCACAAAAUGUGGAAAAAGCAAAGGGGUCUGAAUACUUUCUGAAUGCACUGUACCGCCACUAUGAGGGAAACCCCCCCAAAUAGGCACUUUCAAACUCACUAAUUCGGAAGGGAAGCUGUUUAAUAUUCAAAUCAAAGGUUUGUGUUUGUCUUUUCAGGACAGGGAAAUCAACAUAACCUGGAGGAAUUCUAACAAGAGACAAGUGCCCUCUGGAUAAAGAUUUCCUGCAGUGUGUGUGUGUGUCCAUGCGUGUGUGUGUGUGUGUGUGUGUGUGUGUGUGUGUGUGCGUGGGUGUAGCUAAGUCAGAGAGAGUAGUAGUGUUUUAAUGCUCAGAAGCUUUGUUGAGUGGUGUCAGUUUGUGCAUUGUGAGAGAAGCAUGUCAAAGAGCUGUUUGUCUCUCAUGACCUUCACAGAUACACACGAGACGACUAGGGCAGAGCAGGGUGACGAGAGGAGAUCCCACACACACACCUGCAUUGUCACCAGUCACUUAUCCAUCAUCCCUCUCUCCGGUGACUCAGCACUAUGAUUGGACAGAUGGCCAUACGCACCUGCACUGUUUGUGUGUGGGUGUGUGUGCGGGUUUGGGUGCGACAGAGACUGAGCGAAAGAGCGGAGAGAGAGAGAGAGAGAGAGAGAGAGAGAGAGAGAGCGAGACGAGGAGAUCAGAGCCUAGAGGGAUCGCGAGAGAGAGAGAAGAGGAGAGAGAGCUAGAUCUAGCGUCGCCUAAUAGAGAGAGCUCAGAGAUGAGCCCCCGUCCCCUUGAGAGACCUACCCCCAGCAUAACUGUAUUUUCUAGUUGUUUGGUCACAGACUGACACCAUGCUGUAGUGUCUUAGAGGCAGUCUGGUGUACUCUCACUGGUGUCUCCAACACACACCAACCUCCAGGCCAUUGAACAUUAACCCCACUUCACACACAACCCUACCCUCUCAUCUCCAUACCACCCUUUUAAUGACGUGUAUGUUAACAGAAACAUACUUUUGUCUAUAGAAAGGUUUACGUUAUGUUUAAUACAGUGCAUUAUAUGCAUCAUACUUCAGUGUGCCCAACAAUGCAGGCUACACUUCAGCUGUAGAUUGGGGCACAACUGAGGUUUAAAUCAGGACACGACAGCUCUAGUUGGACAGCGGGUUGGGACCAGGUGACCAGGGUAGAUGGAGAGAACUGGGCGGCUGCGUCCCAAAUGGCACUGUUAUUCCCUACGUAAUGCACUACUGUUGACCAGGGCCUUGUGGGACGCAUUUGGACGUAGCCCAUGUCCCUUUAGGUGAUCAGUGAUUGCCACUCCCAGAGAGUGAGGCUUGCUUGGCCUAUAUGGGCCCAGCAGAGAAGACUGUAGCAAAGGGUCUGCAUCUCAAAUUAUUUCUCUUCUCUAGGAUUUCUCUUCUUUCACUCUCUCUCUCUCUCUCACUCUCUCUCUCUCUCUCUCUCUCUCUUCUCUCUCUCUCUCUCUCUCUCUCUCUCUCUCUCUCUCUCUGAUCAGGAUACAUAAACACUAGCUACUGUUCCUCCACAUUCUUGAUGUGAAUGAUGAAACAUCACUUUAGAAUCUGCUGUUUGUUGGGCUCAAGGCGUGUAAUUGAAUGAAUUGAGAGUGAUCGUGUCUCUCAUAGAGAGGCUAGGAAGGAAGAAAUAGACCACAGAGUUGUUUUUAGUUUUUUUUAUUUAACCUUUAUCUAACGAGGCAAGUCAAUUAAGAACAAAUUCUUAUUUACAAUGACAGCGAUGGGCAAGUGCGGCGCUGAAUAAAUAAAAGUACAAAGAAGAAAAAAGGGGGAGUGUGGUGGUUAUUUGAAAUCCCUUAUAAUGGAGAAAUUAAGUAUCUACAUUUCCAUUUCCACUAUUGAUUAGAACUUAAUAAGUCAUUAGCAUGCUGUGGUUUGUGGCUGGUGGUUCUAUGAUUGUUGUCUCUUUGUUUUCACUGUGAAUCUAUCUUCCUUUCUGCUGUGCUUUCACUACUAGAUGUCUAUAUUCUCUCAAAGCGUGUGAAACUGAAAAUGAUAUACACCAAUAACCACAUCUGACCUGAUUUGAGUGUGUGAGUGCGUGUGUGGCUUUUAACCCCCCCCCCCCUCUUCUUCAUAAGCAUAUCAUAUCUAUAUCUGUAGCAGACCACUGGCAGUAAAAGCCAAUAGUGCAUAUUUAGUAAAAUGGACAACCUUCACACCAACUCCCUGAUUAAAUGGAUCAAUAUACCUGACACUGGGCUAAGUCAACUCAAUACAUUCACUGUGUUGAUCCAUCACCAAGUCAAUUACAAUCCCAAAGGGGUGGGUUUACCG